CUGUUCUAAUAUUCACUUAACCUGGAAAUGCCAUAAAAAGUAUCUUGGAAUUAUAUCUACUGAAUUUCAAGGAGUAAAGUAUUCGUAUUAAACCCAAUAAGAAGACUAUAUUAAGACAAACCUUUCGAGGAAACAACUAUAAAGCAUCUGAAAGAUCCGACGGUGCUGGACAAAAACUUUAACCAUGAAUCCCCAACACGAACCCCUUAAAAUUGAAGUGCCUCUCAACGAAAUUAGCUCACCUAACCCCAUUAAGAAUGUUAAAGAAGGAAUUUUAAAGAAGGUGGUAGCUUUUAUUUGUGCAUUGCUUAACACGGCUGGUGGAACAUUGGAGUUAAUCAAUGACCGUCAGAGUAAAACAGGCCGUGAAAAUGACCCCAAACAGUCAGAAUUUAUUCGAAUGGUUGAACAACAACUCAUUAGUAAAAUAGGUUCAAAGCUAGUCACUAACAAUACUAGCUUUGACGAACAAUUUCAGGACAAGAUAGUCUGCAAAGUCAAAAAGUCUUCGUCCAUUAUCACAAUAAAUUACAACUUGUACCUACGAAGUGAAAAGCAGGUAAUUCUCGUCGCUCCCUACGAGGAUAUCAAAGACAUUUUGCGCAGGAAGGUUAUCUUUGAACCAGUAAUCGCUGACUCACACCACAAGGUAUUCAUAAUGAAGAAAUAUUGUGGCUUUCCAGAAAAUAAAGUUACUGAAUUAAAGUGCGUGAGUGCAAGUUCAUCGAAGGUGAAAAAGCAAGCAGCUGAUCGCAUAGCUGGUGAAGAUAAUCGAUUCAGUUGCUAUGUCUCCGCUUUCGCCAACAACAUCGGAGGUCAUAUCUAUUAUGGUAUUGAAGACGACGGAAUUGUUAAAGGACAGUUGUUAAAUAACAAAGAGGAAAAGGAAGAUAUUAUUCGGAAAGUUGAAAAAGCCAUCCUCAAAAUGAUCUGGCCGGAAAAUGUCGGCAAACCGAAACGAGGCGAACAGUGGGAAAUAUUCUUCGAGCCCGUGGUAGACGAUUUCUCGAUUGCUAUCCCAUUAACCUUUGUGAUUGUCAUCUUUAUCGCUCCUUGUCCGGGUGGCGUGUUCACUAAGAAACCGGAGUGUUAUCAAAUGGUUGAGGGAGGACUUCAAGAGAUGUCGUUUGCCUCUUGGAGGAAUGGAAUAUUAAAGGAAGACGUUGUGCCACAUCUAGUCCCGCGUAUCCUGUGGAGUUCAGACGAGAUAAAGCAACGUUGCACUCGUACGAGCAACGAUCUGAUGGACCUAAUCAACAACGGUGAGUGGGGUAAGUUGGAGAAGAUGGCAAAACUGUUUGAAAGCCAAGUUUCCGGAAGACAGGAUUGCGCAGCAUUGGAGGUGUUGUUGACAAUCUAUUCAAAACGCGUCAUCGCAUGCUCGCGUCAAAGUUAUUUCACACAAGCUCGAAAAUUUCUUAACAAUUUCAACAAAAUUUUAAAGAAUGUCGACGAUUCGCCUUUUUUCAAUGCAUUGGCAGCGUAUCUGGAAAUAGUUAUUAGGCGGAAUAAGAAAGACUUCGGCGGUAUCGAAGAGGUGAUGAAGGAUGCUUUAACAAAAGCAGAAUCAAUCGAAAGCGGCUUUCUUACGGCUGCGAUUCACGUGCUGGUAGCGACGGUUAGUUCAUUCAAUGAUCAAGAACCUGGUUUAGCCAUUGCCCAGCAAAGACUUUGCGAAUUAGCCAUUGAACACCUCCGGGCGGUCGAACCGACUUCUGUAUCAAGAGACAUGGAACAAAAGGCAUACAUCACCCUAGUGUUUUCCUACCUUAAAUGCCUCCUUUCGAAAGAUUUAAUUCUAGAUGGAAGAUGUACAGAGGAAGGUAUGAAAAAAGCAAAAUACGCCCUGACAGCGUUGAAUGAAUUGAAGAUGGAAUGCCCGCUGAGUCGUUUUCGGGAGAUUCAGGCAAAACUUGCGGAGGCUGUUCUUUAUUAUCGACAGUCGCAGCAUAAAGAACCAACCGAAGCGAGGCAUUUCUUGAAAUGUUCUUUUACUUCCGCCCGUGAUGCGAAAGAUCUUGCCAAGAAGUUGAAAUUCGGUGAAAUGGAAUGCUGGUCAGAUACACUCAUUUCGAAGUGUACAGGGGAACUCGUCCUUAUGCGUUGCCCGAUAAUUGCCAGAAAUUAAAUCGCUGUUGAAGGCCGUUUGUGAAAGACACAAGCACGUGACAAGUAUACGUGGCAGGCUCUGCGCAGGCAGAACUGUCUUUGAAAUUCUGCUCAUGCGCCCGUGACGAACUUCAAAAACAUAGCGCGCGGGCUGAAUCCUGGGGCACACUAGUGAACUUAGCGCGUACACUGUCACUCGUGACAAAAUUGUCACCUACACAUAUUCCUAUAGUCUGCGUGGGGGAAUGUGAAAAUACCUCAGUUUGGUCCCCGCAGACCAGGAAUAUGUGUAGGUAUAAUUGUCACGAGUGACAUGUGUGCGAGCUAAGUUCACCAGUUUGUCCCAGGCUCGAGAAGACGUAUAUAAAGGCAAAUUACCUCUGGCCAAGAGACGUUAAAACAAAGCUAUACUAAUAUUUUAGUGUUCAUUGACUCCGAAAACAAUUAAUUUUUAAAGACAUGAAUAGCUACAGUAUAUACGUAAACUUAAAAUUUUCCGAUAGUGAGACUGAAUCGACAGCGGCUACCAAGCUGAUCAGAGUAAAAAAUCAACCAAUGUGGAGCCGGAACAUCGCAAAACUAAAUUAACAUUUCUUUUAUUUCAAAUAACUUCAGCGCUCAGUUUUAGAGGUAUGAUUUAGCAUGAUAUGCGUAUAUUUGUAUUCUUAACAAAACCAUAUAUGAUCAGUUGCAUAAACCGAUGCUUUACUGGAAUGAUCGCUUUGCAUUUAAUUUUAAAAUGUACAAGUAUAUUUGCUGAAAAGUAUUCUCAGCUUUCAUACCCCAUACAUGCAACUUUUUGUACAAUAAUUAUCAGUUUGUAUGAGUACAAGACGUGUAUUUAUAAACACGCUUUCGGUUAUAUGCUGUUUUUUAAAGAAUGCCACAUGUUUAUGUAGCUAUAAUAUAACAUUUAUAGUGCUGAUCGGUCGAGA